AGGCGGCUUCUCUCGCGAGGACGGACGCCAUUAUCGCAUCUCCCCGACAAACACCACGAGAAUUCCGCAGCCCACACGGUGGCAGAAGCCCAGCGCCCUGUGCCCCGGAUUUCAACUCCUGGGUGGGCCAUCUUCUUGCGUCUGGAUGAUGUCAGAACAGGACCUGGCGGACGUGGUGCAGAUCGCAGUGGAGGACCUGAGUCCUGACCAUCCAGUUGUUUUGGAGAAUCAUGUUGUGACAGAUGAUGACGAACCUGCUCUGAAACGCCAGCGACUCGAGAUCAAUUGCCAGGACCCCUCCAUAAAGUCUUUCCUGUACUCCAUUAACCAGACGAUCUGCUUGCGAUUGGAUAGCAUUGAGGCCAAGCUGCAAGCUCUUGAGGCUACUUGCAAGUCUCUGGAAGAGAAACUGGACCUGGUUACCAACAAACAGCACAGUCCCAUCCAAGUCCCCAUGGUGGCUGGUUCCCCACUUGGCGCCACCCAGACCUGCAACAAAGUGCGAUGCGUCGUCCCCCAGACUACAGUAAUACUCAACAAUGAUCGGCAGAACUCCAUUGUAGCCAAGAUGGAAGACCCCUUGAGCAACAGGGCACCGGAUUCCCUGGAAAAUAUCAUUAGCAACGCUGUGCCUGGGCGUCGGCAGAACACCAUCGUGGUGAAGGUGCCGGGGCAAGAGGACAGCCACAACGAAGAUGGGGAGAGCGGGUCAGAGGCCAGUGACUCUGUCUCCAACUGUGGCCAGCCAGGGAGUCAGAACAUCGGGAGCAAUGUCACGCUCAUCACUCUGAACUCUGAAGAGGACUACCCCAAUGGCACCUGGCUUGGCGACGAGAACAACCCUGAGAUGCGGGUGCGCUGCGCCAUCAUCCCCUCCGAUAUGUUGCACAUCAGCACCAACUGCCGCACAGCUGAGAAGAUGGCACUGACGCUGCUGGACUACCUGUUUCACCGUGAGGUGCAGGCCGUGUCCAACCUUUCAGGCCAAGGCAAGCACGGAAAGAAGCAGCUUGACCCGCUGACCAUCUACGGCAUCCGGUGUCACCUUUUCUAUAAAUUUGGAAUCACGGAAUCUGACUGGUAUCGGAUCAAACAGAGCAUUGACUCCAAGUGCCGAACAGCAUGGCGGCGGAAGCAGCGGGGCCAGAGCUUGGCAGUCAAGAGCUUCUCGCGGAGAACACCAUCCUCGUCUUCAUAUAGUGCCUCAGAGACCAUGAUGGGCACCCCACCACCGGCCAGUGAACUCCAGCAGCAGCAGCCACAGGCCCUGCACUACGCACUGGCAAAUGCACAGCAGGUGCAGAUCCACCAGAUUGGAGAGGACGGACAGGUGCAAGUAAUCCCACAGGGCCACCUCCACAUCGCCCAGGUGCCUCAAGGGGAGCAAGUGCAGAUCACACAGGACAGUGAGGGUAAUCUGCAGAUUCAUCAUGUUGGCCAGGAUGGGCAGUCCCGGGGCCUGUGCCAGAAUCCCAUUCCUGUGAGCGGUGACUCAGUGGCCCAGGCUAGUCCCUCUCAGCUUUGGCCACUAGGAGGAGACGCACUUGUUCUGCCUGCUGGAAAUGAGAUGAUCCAGGUGCUACAGGGUGCUCAGCUCAUAGCUGUGGCCUCUUCAGAUCCAGCUGCUACAGGAGUGGAUGGAUCACCUCUCCAGGGCAGUGACAUCCAAGUGCAGUAUGUUCAACUGGCACCAGUGAGCGACCACACGGCUGCAGCACAGACGGCUGAGGCCCUGCAGCCCACCUUGCAGCCUGAAAUGCAGCUUGAACACGGAGCCAUCCAGAUCCAGUGAGACGACCGCAUGGCCACAAGCACCACGCCAUGGCGAGCGAGCGUGCGAGCAAGCGCUGCGCCGCCCCGCCCUGCUCUCGUGCUUCGCCGGCUGACGGCCAGGCCUGCCGCAGGUCAUCUGAAGGCUCCCUCCCAGGAAGGGCCUGGGCCGCCAUAGGAAGGACUCUGGGUUUCGAGUCACGUUGCUGAUGACUGCUACAGGAGAAGCAUGGUGCGGAGUGUGUCAAGUACAUUCAGAAAACAAGAACUACAAUAUUUUGUUUAAACAGCUUUUUUUUCCAAUUUGCUAUGGUGUUUAUAACAAAAAAGAAAAUUGAAAAAAAAAAACACACAAACAGAAACAAAACUGUGGAGUAGCAUAAGCCUUUGCGGUGUGCUCUGUUCAGUAUCCUGGAAGUAGGUGUUUGCUGAGGACAGCGAUGACUGAUGGGAGCAUUGCCUACCUACUCUUCUAGGGAACGUGCUCCACACUGUAAUUAUGACUUUCUAAUGAAAUAAAAGUGUAUUUAUGGCCA